UUUCAUGUAAUCAGAGUUGCACGCUGGUCUAACCUGUUCUAUAACCCAUGCAUUGUUGUGGACAGCGAUACCAAAAUAGCAAAGUAACAUGAGUGGAUUGAGGAGAUCGCAAGUGAGUUACAAGCGGUGGAAAGAUACAGAUAUAAGUUUUGUGACAUUUCAGACAGAUGACAAAAGCAUCCUUACCAUUCAGGAUGAGAAGCCAGGUGAAAAUGAGUCCAUUGAUCAAGAAGUUUGCAAUAAUCUGGAGCAAUUUGACUUGGGGGACAAAAACAUCAGAAUCUCAGAAAUCUCAGAAACCUUCAGUGUUGAAGAUGCAGUUGAGGCUAUUGGUUUUGGAAAAUUCCAAUGGAAGCUGUCCCUAAUUACUGGAGUUGCGUGGAUGGCCGAUGCCAUGGAAAUGAUGCUCCUUAGUAUUGUAGCUCCUCAGUUGCGCUGUGAAUGGAUGCUUCCUAGCUGGAAAGUGGCAUUUAUAACAGCGGUAGUGUUCAUUGGAAUGAUGGUCAGCUCCUCCCUUUGGGGGAACAUUUCAGACAAAUAUGGCAGAAAAGUGUGUUUAAUACUCUGCAUGCUGUGGACACUGUACUAUGGGCUUCUCAGUGCUUUUGCACCUGUUUAUGGCUGGAUCUUAGUCUUGCGAGGUCUUGUGGGAUUUGGCCUGGGAGGAGCCCCUCAGUCAGUGACAUUAUAUACAGAAUUCCUCCCGGUGAAAUACAGAGGGAGCUCCAUAAUCCUGUUAGGGUCUUUCUGGGCCCUGGGUGCUGUGUUUGAAGUGCUACUGGCUAUGCUGGUCAUGCCCACAUUAGGCUGGAAGUGGUUGCUUGUUCUGUCCACACUGCCUCUCCUUGUUUUUGCUGCCUCCUGCUGUUGCUUACCAGAGAGUGCUAGAUUUGAUGUGCUGAGAGGCAGAGAGGAUAAGGCCCUGAACACUCUGAAGAAAAUAGCUGCAGCCAAUGGCAGGUGUUUGCCUAAAGGAAGACUUAUAGCCAACAGACAGGAUGAUCGGGGUAGAAUCAGAGAUCUCUUUAUUCCAGAAUACAGCAGGACAACACUUCUCAUCUGGUUUAUCUGGUUUUGCAAUGCGUUUUCAUACUAUGGUCUUGUGCUGCUGACCACUGAGCUAUUCCAGGCAGGAUCUGUAUGUAGUGUGACUGACAGCUCUGGCCUGGAGCCUCGUUGCAGUUUGGGGUGCAAAUAUUUAACUUUUCAUGAUUACACGGACCUUCUGUGGACCACAUUAGCAGAAUUCCCAGGUCUUCUGGUGUCCCUCUGGAUCAUUGAUCGGGUUGGCCGGAAAAAAAGCAUGGCACUUUGCUUUGUAAUAUUCUCUCUGUGUAUUUUGCCACUGUACGCCUGCACACAAAGGACUGUUCUCACAAUCUUCAUAUUCAUUGCUCGAGCCUGUAUAUCAUCGGGUUGGCAGAUUGCAUAUGUUUAUACACCUGAGGUUUUCCCUACAGCAACAAGGGCUAUUGGUAUUGGUACAAGCAGUGGCAUGGCUCGUAUAGGAGCUCUAUUCACACCCUUCGUUGCUCAAGUCCUUCUGAAAUAUUCCGUUUAUUUGACUCUGUCUGUGUAUUUGAUAUGUUGUUUGCUGGGCGCAGCAGCAUGCUGGGUUUUGCCUAUAGAGACCACAGGACAGAGCCUACAGGAAUCAACUCCAACUAUGAUAGAACAAGAGAAAAUGGAGAGACCGCAAGGCUCUGCCGACUCCUCCAGCAACAUGUGUCAAUAACAGCGAAGUGAGGGUGUGCAAUGUCAUUUAAUGAUGGUGUAAAUUCAAACUAUAGGGAGUGUCAUGAUUUUGUAUGUAAAAGUAAAUAAACAGUGCGGCAUUGAUAUGUGUUAUAUGUUGUAUACACGGAUUACAAUUUUUAGAUGUGUUUAUUUAAAUUAGGGUUGCCAACGUUAACGCAUGCAAUUAAUUUUUUCAGAUUAACGUGUUAACGCAACGUCAUUGUCUAGCGUUACAUUAUAUAAUCACCCUCUUAUUCAUGUAAAGGCAGGGCUCUCAAGUCUCACGCAUUUCAUCCUGUUCACACGCCACACCUUGUAUUUCUCACGCUGAGAAAUAACUCGUACCGCUAUAUACAAUUAAUAGACGAGGCAAAUGAAAUGUGAAGAUGAACGAAACGUGUCCGUUACAACAUUACGUUCACAUCCGGUCACGGUGCACUGCAUCAUUGGCUGGCUGUGUCCCAAUUCGGCGGUAUCCACAGAGGCCUAGCUAUGCGACCCAUAUAUUAAACAUAGAUAAACAUUUGUUUUCCUUGUUGUUUCUGUACCAAACUGGACGGCGCAACCUUGAAGCGCACGGCCCCCUCGGCACUGGACCCAUUGAGCCGGUCAGUAAUCCAUCCCUGUUGACACGUCCAGAUUGACAGCUUCUGGCUGUGGAACACGGCUCACCGCAACGCGACAGCGGUCCCGUCUGGUAGGGUACACAUGGGCUAAAGGCUGCGUCAGAAUCUGUCAGACAGCGCACCUGUAUUAACUUCUCUUUUGUGCUUGUAAAAACAAAAACACACAAGAUUAUGCCAGAAAGCACAUUUUGUCUAGUAGGCUAUUUUCGCAAGCACCGUUUUCAACGAGUUAAAUAAAGUCUUAAAUGAAUGCAAAGAGUAGUGAAAAUAGGAAGCGCAUCUGCUUAGCGCGGCAGCUCUUAAAUGGGCCGCGUUCUUUAACGUGGUGCUGUGACUCCUGUCAGAAAGGUUAAAGAAGGUCAAAGAACAAAAUAAAAUAAAAAAUAUAAGGUUUUUUGUAGGGCUGUCAACAUUAACGCGUUAACGCAUGCGAUUACUUUUUUCAAAUUAACGCGUGGAAAAUAUUUAACGCAAUUAACGCAGCAUCCGUUUGUUUUGACAUUCUUUGUCUAGCGUUACAUUAUGUAAUCACGCUCUUAUUCGUGUACAGGCUUUUAAACCACUUAAGCGCGAUUUUAAACAGUUGCUUUGACGCGUUCAAUGAAGACAGCUUCUAAACUGUGGGACGCGGCAAAACGCAACGCGAGGUCCAGUCUGGUGUAAACAGUCACGGGCUGAAGGCUGCGUCGGUGAAUCUCUGUCAGACAGCGCAUCCGUGUUAAGUUCUCUUUCGUGCUUGAAUGGAUAAAACCAUACAAGAUUAUGUCAGAAAGCCCGUUUUGUCGAGCAUUUUCUUAAGCACAGACUUCAAAGUGUAAAAUAAAAUCUUAAAUGAAUGCAAAGAGUUGUGAAAAUGGGAGUGCGGUGACGGUCAGAUCUGCGUACUGAGACAGCUCUUAAAGGGGCCGCGUUCUUAAACCUGCUGCUGUGACUCCUGUCACUAACGUUAAUCAAAGAACAAAAUAAAAGAAGAAAUCAAUGUGAUUUUGUAGCUUUAAUGAUAAUUCUUCUGCAUUUAAUUUAUAAUUUAGCAUUAAAGACUGUAAAGUGUUUGAGAACUUCCUUCAAUUUCUGUAUAUUUCAUGAUAGCUCUCAAUUAUAUUGUUGAAUGGCUAUAAUUAAUGUUAAAAUAGUCCAUGUAAUAGAGACAUCAGUUACA